ACCGCUUAUAAGGCGGUUGCCCAAGCCGCUGACGUCUUUCGAAUUGGAGGCGAGUAGUCAGCCUGCGAGCCGCCUUCCCUUGCGGCGGUUGAGCUGCUGAGUUUAAAAAAACACCAAAAAAUCUAUGUCCGGAAAAUUGCAACGACUUCGAGAUCAUGAAAUAAAUCCCUGUAUAGCGGAAACAGAUGCCUCUAGAAAAUGUAUGGAUGAGAGUAACUACAAUAAAGCUAUGUGUGCCAACUAUUUUUUAAGAUACAAAAACUGCAGAAAAUUUUGGAGUGGGGUCAUGAUGCAGAGAAGAAUCGAUGGGAUACAACCAAAUAUGCCUACAGCAGAAGAGAGAGAGAGAAUCUUGGCAUCAAUGGGAAGAAUGCCAUACUGAUCAUGGACUGGUUUUAGAUGUACAGUAUAGCUUAUUGAAAACAAGGUGCUCUGGAAAGCAUGGUGAAAAACCACCACUACCUUCUUAUAUACCCUUGUACAAUAUUCUCUGCAGUUUUAGUUGAUUGCCUCGAAGAUGUUUUUUUAUUGCAACCCAACCUGAAGUCUUGAUGCAGAAAAAAAAAACUUUCAGUAAUAAAUUGACUUUUUUUUAA